AUGACAAGGCGACAUGAGGACUUUGAUGAGUUUAGUGAUCCAGGAAAUCCAAGAAUAAUAAAGUAUGAAGAUGUAGUCGAAGCAGCAAAACGUGUUAAAAAUUUCAUAUCGCCUACACCAUGUGUGGUAUCUCACUAUCAACGCGAGAGUGGCAUCAAUAUAUUCUACAAACUAGAAACUAUCCAAAGAACUGGAAGUUUUAAGGAAAGAGGUGCCAUUAACGCAUUGGCAAUGCUACCAAAAGAUAAACAAAAGAUCGGUGUAGUAAUAGCAUCGCUCGGAAACCAAGCGAUGGGCAUAUGUUAUUAUGGACAAAAGUUAGGCAUACCUGUAACUGUCAUUAUGCCUACUUGCGUACCGGUUAUGAAGCUUCAACUUUGCCACAAUAUGGGCGCAAAAGUCAUAGUCCAGGGCAACGCCUACACCGAAUCGCAAAAAUUCGCUAGAGCCUACGCAAGAGAUAAAGGACUCACUUAUAUUAAUGCCCGUGAUUAUCCGAACAUACUUUCGGGAUAUGGAACAAUAGCCCUGGAGAUCCUUGAACAGGUUCCAAGUGUAGAUGCGAUAAUUGUGUCCGUGGGUACGGGCGGACUGGCUGCCGCUGUGUCUACCGUCGUUAAGCACGUCAAACCCGAAUGCUUAGUAUACGGAGUACAAUCAGAAAGGAUUCCAACAUUUUACAAAUCCUUGGAAGCUGGAGAGCCAAUAACUCUGCCUUACGAACCUUCCAUCGCUGAGGGCAUCGCAAUGCCGUACGUGGGCAUCAAUGCAUUUAAAAACGCACAAAUGCAUCUUGAUAAAUUGUUAUUGGUAAAAGAAGAUUGGAUAGCUCGUGCCAUAUUACACUUAGUCGAACAAGAGCGCUUGGUGGUAGAGGGCGCCGGGGCAUGUCCUUUAGCUGCGAUCAUUGGCAAUCUGGUGCCGGAAUUAAAAUCUAAGAAUGUGGUAUGCGUUCUUAGUGGAGGAAAUAUAGAUGCUAUAAUGCUGGGUCGUAGCUUAGAUAGAGGACUUGCAGCAGAGGGACGACUUAUUAAAUUCAAAGUUCUCAUUUCAGAUUUCGCAAGUUCGUAUGAGCAGUUAGCGAGGCUCCUUGCCGAAGGUGGUUACAAUUUAAUCCGCCAGUUUCAGGACCGUAUUUGGGUCGAAAAUGAAAUAUAUAGAGUUGAGGUAAAAAUAGUCUGCGAAACUAAAGGAUUAGAUCACGCUUUAGCAUUGAAGAGAUUGAUCGAAAAAGCUUACCCAGGUGCAUCAGCCUUCGAAACUGAGCCAUUCAGUGAUGACAGAACAUGCCCAUGUUAUGCUAAAUGUUCUAAA